AUGACCGGUGCAGCUCCAAUUGCAGCGGAAGGCAAACUUGUUCCAGUCCCUCCGGAUGGAGGAUGGGGAUGGAUGGUUGUCAUUGGAAGUUUCUUCAUCCACGUAUUUGCUGACGGAUUCGUCUACUCUUUCGGAGUUCUCGUGGUCAAGAUAAUGGAGGUUCGUGCCCGAAAAAAGGCCCGAAACUCUAAAAAAAAGUUUCUUUUUUUUUGCUUGUUUAUGUGUCUCUCAAACUUCUCAUUCACAAGUUUGAUGCAGUAAAAAAUAACAGUAAAUUUAGUUGCUUGUUCUUGAGUCUUAGACGCGUAGUUUCAUUUAUAUAUAGUAUGUAAUCAACUAUAAAAUAUUUUUUGUUGGAAAAAUAACUUUUUUUUUUCAACGGAUGCAAAGACCACUGAAAAAGUAAUGGCACCUUGCACUUUUCUCAGUGAAAUUGAUGAAUAAUCAGGAGUUCAAAGCUAAUAACACCAUGUCGGCUCUCAUCAUCUCGCUCCUGACUGGAUUAACUCUUGGGACCGGUCCCAUAGCUUCUGCCAUAUGCAACAAGUACGGUUGCAGAACGACGACCAUUUCUGGAGCCUGCAUUUCUUUCAUUGGGUUGGUUUUUUAGGAUUUUAUUUUUGAUUAAUUUCAGAAAAACGUUUUUUCUAAGAUAAUCCACAAAAAAUCAAUGAUAAAUUUAAAAUUUUUUUGCAUUGAAAAAAACUCAGGAAGCUUAUCUGCACUAAUUUUUUUUAAAAAAGAAAUCUCAAUUUUUCUGCCUAUUGAUUAGUUUCUUUCCGAAAUUUUCGGUUUUGAAAUUUGUAAUCCUCAUAUUGAAAAACGCUUUCAAAAAAUUUCAGAUUGCUACAUCAAUGACUAACAACAUCUUUUAUUAGAGUAAAAACACUGCUUAACCAGAAAUUUAAGAUGUGCCGCUUCCUACUUCGCCACCUCGAUUUACUUCAUCGUCGUAAGCGUGGGCGUUGUUAUGGGAUUCGGAUUCGGACUCAUGUAUUGUCCGGCAAUUGUUAUUGUCACCAUGUAUUUUGAAAAGUGCGUCAUUUGAUUUCUGAACCAAUCAACGCACUCUAUUUUUCAGAAAACGUUCUUUGGCAACUGGGAUCGCGGUGGCCGGAGCCGGCGUGGGAACUGUCCUUUUUGCUCCCAUCAAUGCUUUUCUCAUUGGCAGCUACGGCUGGCGCAGCGUUUUUAUUGCGUUCCUUUGUGAGUACAGCUGCGCUCAAAGUACAACCAAUGCGUUUUCAGUCGUCCUCGUCCUUUGUGCCCUUUGCGGAGCGACCUUCCGUCCUCUUGAGUUCGUUCUGGUUUCUGACGAGCCGGAACCUCAGUUCAGUCCAGCCACAGAAGAAAAAAUUCCUAGCGAUCAAAAGACGGAAGUAAUGAUCGCAAUUGAAAUCAGAACAUAAAUUAUUUUCAGGAACGUGCAGCUCUUCUGAGUCCCCCUGUGAUUGGUGCUUUACUUCGCUCAGUCUCUCAAACAUCGGACAAAAGGGACAGCGCUGUUCUGAAACCUGCGAGCUCUCUGAACGUUGUUUCAUCUGAAGGAGAAAGUGAGUUGAAUUUCUGAGACAAAAUAUAUCCUUCAUCGAAAUUUGCGAUAGAAAAAUGUUUUAUUUAGCUUCUCCAAGAUGCCGCUCGCGCACUGGAACAGUUGGAGAGAAAGAAAGCGGGUAUUUAAACAGGAAAGACGUUUUCUACACUGGCUCCAUCCAAAACGUUGCCGAAUUCCGUGAGGACCCAGACAAAUACAGGCAUUCGACUCAAAACCAGAUCGAAAAAAGCUAUCUUCUUAAGGUCAACUGGUUCAUUACAUAAGAACAGACAUACCACAAUUGGAAGCCUCUCUGCUCAUUCCAUCUCCCGCAUCGAUGAAGUCCGAGAGAACAGCGAAGAGUCCACUGAUACAACCGAAAACAAUGAAGGGCGCAAUAUGCUCAAGUAUUUCUCCGUAGUCCUCGAUUAAUUUUGACGUCUCUUUUCAGAACCAUCAGCAACAUGCUCUCGCUUUCGCUACUGCUGGACCCCAUUUUCUUGCUUUUCGCUAUUUCCAACCUACUGACCUCUGUUGGUUUCAACUCUCCCUUGUACUUCCUGCCUCUUCACGCUGAAAAAAUCAAGUUGACCUCAGAGCAGGGAGCUCGGGUUCUCUCUGUUUUUGGUGAGUCCCAAGAGGUCUUCGUAUGUUCAUUUAUUCUUUCUAGGUGUUUGCAACACUGUAGGCCGUGUGCUCUUUGGAAUCGUCGCGGAUCAUGAGCUUCCACUUCCUUAUGGACUUGGAAAAGAUACCGCCCGUAACCGCCUCUGGAUCUACAAUAUUUCGCUCACUGUAUUUGGGUGAAAGAUUGAAUAUUAUUGAAAUUCUGACUUCAGAUCUGUGGACUUCUGACGACGUUCUGUUACAUGUUUGAUGGAUUUGUCCAGCUGAGUUUGUACUCUGGACUAUUCGGCUUCUCCAUUGCUUCGUACAUUUGCUUGACCAGUGUCAUCCUCGUCGAUUUCCUGGGACUCGAUAAAUUGACCAACGCGUUCGGUCUGCUUCUUUUGUGGCAGGUUCGCGAAUUUUUUUUGGAACAAUGUCGAAAACCAAUUUGAUAAUCCUGAACUAUUUCCAAAAAAAACAAAUUAAGGGAGUCGGAACUGUUUUUGGUCCUCCAGUCUCUGGAUACCUUGCCGAUAUCACUUCCAACUACACGCUCUCCUUCGUUUUCUGUGGGGUCAACCUUAUGGCAAGACUUCCUUUUGAGUUUUGGCCAACUGGAAGUAUUUCUCAGGUCUCCGGAUUGAUGCUGUUUGCCAUCCCGUACUUCCAGCACAAGCGGAGCAAAGACACGGACCUGGAGUUCACGGAGAAACCGUCGACUAAGUGA